CACAUGAACCCCAUAACCAGGACUUGCUGGGACCACCAGCAGCCCACUCAGGGCUGGGCUGAAUUUACUGGGGAUUGAUCUGCCCAGGGUUAGGGUGUUCUCCUCCCACCCCUUUCUUCUGGGAACCUCCUCCCUGCUUGGAGAGAGGGGCAGGGCAUUUCUCAACAGGGUGAGUCGAGCUGCUCAGUCUGAGACUGGACUCUACGGAAACAGGAGUAGGAGACGGUUCCCAUGGCUGGGCCUUGGUGGUCCGUGGGUGUGAAUGUCUCAGCGCUGCCCUCCAAUGAGACCUCAGGCUGUGGGGAACAAGCCGACUUCCAGUAUGUGCUGUUUCCUGUGGUUUACAGCCUGGUCUUUGUGCUUGGCCUGGCCGGAAACCUCUCUGUGCUCUGGUAUUUCCUGCGCACCAGGACGGCCACUGUCCCUGCCAACAUCUUCCUGGCCAACCUGGCGGCCCUCGACCUGCUCUUCGUGCUGACACUGCCCUUCCGCGUGGCCUACCAUGCCUUGGGCAAUGACUGGGUGUUCGGGGAGGCCCUGUGCAAGGUCACCGGCUGCCUCUUUUACGGCAACCUGUUUGGCCACCUGCGCCUGCGCCGGCCCCUCUACCGUGUGGCUGGCUGCUUGGCCAUCUGGGCCCUGCUGGUAGCGACCCUGCUCUACCUGGCACUGCGCGGCCCCCUGACGCGGCCUUUUCCUGGCGGACGCCUAGCCUGCCUGGAGAACUUCUCCAGCGACUCUUGGAAGGGCCGGAUCUCGGGGGUCAGCCUCUUUGCUGCCGCCGUGGGCUUCCUGCUGCCGCUGGCACUGAUUGGCAUCUGCUACCCGCUCAUCGCCCGCCGGCUGCUGCAGACUCCAGGCCUAGCACCUGGUUCGCAGGUUGUCCGGCGCAAGGCGCUGCGCACGGUGCUGGUGGUGCUGGCUGUGUUUCUCCUCUGCUUUGCGCCCUACCACCUCACCCAGGUGGUGCACACGCUGUGGCGCCUAGGGGUGCUGAGGGGCUGCCCGCUCAUACGCGGCACCUAUGUUGCUCGCCGCCUCACCAUGGCCCUGACCAGCCUCAAUGCCUGCCUGGACCCACUGGUGUAUUACUGUGCAGCUGAGCGCUUCG